AUGGUACUUACUCGCAAAAUGCGGAAGCAACUAGCAGCCACUCAGGCUGCAAACACGGAGACGACAGUCAGUAAUGAGACGCCAUUAACGCAUUUAAGGCAUUCGCGUAUUACACAUCCCGGAAACGGUCCGCGAUCAAUGGCCGGAGAGGACACCGCCGUCCAUAACAAUGCGGUUGAAGCCUCCGCCAACGUCCGCACCAAUGCCUUCAGCACCACCACGGGAAGCGUCGGUGCUUUACAACACAACAUAGUUAUAGAGGACCAGUCCUCUAACACCCAAACUGCGCAAGCUGCACAUGUCGUCGAAACGAAACGUAAACGAAAUGCCGAGGUCCUUGAUAGCCAGCCACAGGCAUCGGGAUCUUCCACCGAAAGUCCGCAAAAUUCUCGUGAAGAACUUCCGGGAGUCUCCUCCCUGCCCCCUCCCAAGCCGAAGGCUCGUAAAAAGCGUGGCCAUGGGUGGACCCGCAGAAAAAUCAGAAGGGCGACUACUCAAGGUUGUGCUAUCCGGGUAGGCGGCAAACGCCCAAUCGAGGGCGUCGAUGGCGAAGAGGACGAGGCAAGGCGAAUGAAGAGGCGGCGUAUUAGUGAGGACGCCGUUGCGGGGUCAUCCAACGCACGUUCAAUGUCGUUGGACAACACGAUUGGUGCGACCAACAUCCGUCAGCUGCGAUCGCGCAGCAUCGUCUUUCCCGCAGAUCCCGCAAACGAGGGAAGCGACGAGGGAAACACGACGACGAGGUCGUCAUCUCCAGAUCGUGCAUCAGAACGACCGACUUUAGAAGAUACACUAGAAAAUGAGGUAGACUUCACUCUCAUAAAAACAGAGGAUGAAGAGGAGGAUUUCCUCUGGGAUACUUCUCCGCCUCGGGAUUGGAGUCUGCUGAUGCCAGAAUAUGAACUGGCAACCGAGGACACAUUCCGAUUUGACAGUAACCGGAGUACGCCGGAGCUGACGACUGGACGUGACGGAUCCCAUAGGGAUAGAAACGAAUCGGUCGGCUCAACGCCCGUAGGAACGCCAUGGGCCCAAUCAGUGGACGUCCAAUCGUUUGAUAGAUCCCUUGUGAUCGUUCUUCCGGGAACGAUGGAGGAAGCGGAGCCACCGGACGAGUUAAUGGACGUUCGGGAUGAGGGUGAGGACGAGGACGAGGGCGAGGACGAUGUUUCGGUUUCUUCCAUCCCUGUUGACAGAAGAAGGUCCAGGGCUCCCAGCCCUCCAUCUCUUCCUCCGUCACACUCCGUAUCACGAUUGUCAACUCCCCAGCGUGAAGAGGAGACAGAAAGCGCUAGAUAG